UUCAUAUAUUUUAAUAAAAUUGUGCGGUAAUUAACAUGAGUUAAGAUUCCCGAAGACGUUGAUCAGUACUUAACUACCUAAUUUGAUUAUAUAGAGAUUUAGAGAUAUUGUUAGAUAAGAUUAUACUUCGUAUUAGGUUGCAGUAAGUUUACAAAACAUGUAAGUUUCCUAAUUGUUAUAUAAUCUCAAAAGUAAUUAAUUUGUAUUCACCUCCUAUAAAACCAUCCACUAAUCACCUUAACAAAUAACAAAACUCAUUAUUGUCCAAAAUGGACGGGCUACCGGUAGAAUGUAUUGCAACCAUAAUUUCCUUGACAAAUCCUCGUGAUGCUUGCUGCUUUGCUUCCAUAUCUAGAACCUUUAAUUCUGCUGCUAAUUCCGAUCUUGUAUGGGACCGUUUUCUGCCGUCCGAUUACAGAAACAUACUCGCCCAAUUUGACGGUGGUGAUCAUCAUCAGUCACUAUUAGAUUCAUCUACCUCCAAGAAGCACCUCUAUAUGAAUCUCGUUGAUACUCCUCUCCUCAUCGACGGGGGUAUGAUGAUCUUUUGGGUGGAGAAAUCAACGGGUAAAAAAUGUUACACUAUUUCUGCAAUGAAGUUACAUAUACAUUGUUCUUCACGAUAUAACUGCCGAGUGGAGUCGAAUUAUGUGCCCAAGUCGAGGUUUUCCGAAGUAGUAAGGGUUAUGAAUGUUCAGCGGAUAAAUGAAUUGGGAGAGAGAAUAAGAACGUCCAUGUUAUCUCCAAACACAAAAUACACCGUUUACUUUGUCUUCCGGGUUGAAAAUUAUAGUUGGAACCCGAGAUUCCAAGAUCCGUUACGGGUUAAAGUUGAAAAAUUCAGUCCAUACGAAAUCAAAGCGGUGAGGGGGAAGGUGUAUGUUGACCGUCCUGAUCCCAAGCGUGCGGCUAUGUUGAAGAAAAACGUGGUGACGUGUUAUUCUUAUUUGGAUAAAAUGGGGGCAGAAGAAGAAGAAGAAGAUAGUGUAAAGCUUCCAGAGAAGCGGCGAGAUGGGUGGAUGGAGGUGGAAAUGGGGGAAGUAAUUAUUAACGAAGAAGAAGAAGAAGAAGAAGAAAAUUAUGUCUUGUUUUCAAUUUCGACUAAUCCAAUCUAUUCGAGGAAUGAAAGUCAUUUGGUUGUUCAAGGAAUUGAGAUUAGGCCGACUAAUCGCAGGUGUAACCAAAGUAAAAGUUCUGUCGGACAACGGUGGUUAUGCGACACUAAUUUACUACUCUCUUACAUGCUAGACAAAAUAGGAAACUUUUUCUAAUUGGUUCAGAAAUGUUUAUUGUACGUACCAUUUUGACAUUUACCGUACAAUGAUGGUAGGGUAAUUUUUCUGAUAGAAAAGAAGCAAUCAAAUUUAUUAUAGAGGAGUCUUUAUGUCGCGUUACUGAGGGCCUCGUUUCAAAAAAAAUAUGUCGUGUCUAGGGGCUUUACCUGGACUAACUAAUAAAAGGCCUAGAGCCAAAAGUGAUUAUAGAAACCAAUCACGUUCACAGAAAAAAAAAAAAAAAAAAAAAUCGUAUUCAUCUAGAAGAAAAAUAAAAAUUGUGUUUUCAUUAUGGUAUUAAAGAACGACAAUUACUUAAAUACGUUCACAUCGCCAAAAAAGCCAAAGGGUGAACAGAUCAGGUUUUACUA